CCUCAGGGAAAUACACCUGUUUAAGGCCAGCAGCCAGCGGGGACAGGUUCACCUCUGCUCCUCACACAACCACUUCGGUGCUGACGAGCUUCCCCAGGGGAGCGUGAGGGACUCUUUCCGGAGCCAUGAGGGGUGUCCACUGGAGGAGGGUCCCUUGUGUGUUCCUGGGCUGCUUGUGUUCCUGCGUCCUUGGGCCAGUGCUCCUGGGUAAUCAUAACAGUGUAGCUGGAUCCACACCAACUUCACCAUUUCCACUGACAAGCUACCUUUCGAUCAAGACCACUCCUGAUACUUCUUCAGCAUCCCCUGGCCCUGCAGUCACCUGGAGCUCCACCACCCUAUUCACAGGUCACCCCACUCAUCUGUCUGUUACCAGCACUUCUCCACCAUCCACAGCAUCCUUAAGCUCCUCCGUGAAGACUGAGACAUCAGGAACAAUCGUAACCUCACAGAAGACAGACAGUGGGAGAAGCACAGCAACAUCUCUACCCUUAACAACCUCCCAGACCCUUACCACGUCCACUGCUGGCACUUCCAGAGGCACCCACUCAACAGCUGCCCCAGUCCCUAUCAAGCCCGAGAAAGGCGUUUCCCUCUUCCCCUACGGGCUGCGUGCCAGAGACCAGGAGUUUGUCAAGAGGACUGUGGACUUCACCUCGCCACUCUUCAAACCCCAGAUUGGCUUCCCCCUCGGCUCCUCUCUCCGGAAUUCCCUCUACUUCACAGAUAAUGGCCAGAUCAUUUUUCCGGAAUCAGAGUACCAGAUUUUCUCCUACCCCAACCCUCCCCUUAGAGGCUUUACAGCCUGGGAUCCUGUGGCCCUGGUGGCUCCAUUCUGGGACGAUGCUGAUUUCUCCAACAGCCGGGGAACCAUAUUUUACCAGGAAUACGAGACUCUCUAUGAUGAAUACAACCUGCUAGUGAGGGAGGUGGAGUCUUGGAUUAAAAUGUUAACAAACACCCGGAACUAUAAAGCCAGGUGGACGCUAAAGGUCACGUGGUUCCAUGCCCCCGCCUAUCCUGCCUGGGGGACCAUCGGGACCAGCACCUACCAGGCCAUCCUUUCCACAGAUGGGAGCAGGUCCUACGCCUUGUUUCUCUACCAAAGCGGCGGUAUGCAGUGGGAUGUGACCCGGCGCCCAGGCAACCCCGUCCUGAUGGGCUUCUCCAGUGGAGACGGGUAUUUCAAAAACAGCCCGUUGACAUUCCAGCCAGUGUGGGAGAAGUAUCGUCCAGACCAAUUCCUGGAUUCCAACUCAGGCCUCCGAGGGCUGCAAAUCUACAAGCUACACAAAGAAGAAAAGCCCAACUACCGUCUCCAGUGCCUGCAGUGGUUGAAGAGACAGUCUCAGUGGCCCAGCUGGGGCUGGAACCAGAUCUCCUGCCCGUGUUCCUGGAGGCAGGGACUAUGGGACUUGAGAUUCCAGCCCAUCAACAUAGCCUGGUCGGGCCUUGGCAGCAGGCAGCUGUGCAGCUUCUCCUCCUGGCGAGGGGGCGUGUGCUGCAGCUACGGACCCUGGGGAGAGCUUCUCCAAGGCUGGAGAGUGCAGAGUCCUUGGCAGUUCGACCAAGAACUGGAGCCACAGAACUGGUGUUGCCGUUUCAACGACAAGCCCUCCUUCUGCGCCCUGUACCAGCUCAGAAGGCCCCGCGUCAGCUGCGCUGGGUACCAGCCCCCGAGACCGGCCUGGAUGUUUGGGGACCCCCACAUCACCACCUUGGAUGGUACCAAUUACACCUUCAAUGGGCUGGGAGACUUCCUGCUGGUCCGGACCCGAGAUAGAAACUCCUCCUUCCUGCUGCAGGGCCGCACUGCCCAGACCGGCUCGGCCCAGGCCACCAACUUCAUUGCCUUCGCCGCUGAAUACAACUCCAGCAGCCUGGACCCCAUCACGGUUCAAUGGCUCCUUAAGCCCAGUGACACAAUCCACGUUCUGCUCAACAACCAGACUGUAACAUUUGAGACUAACCGUGAAGAUGCAAUAGGCCAGGAGAUGUUCAACACCUCUGGAGUUGUAAUGACCCGCAAUGGCUCCGUAGUAUCAGCCAACUUUGAUGGGGCAGUGACCAUCUCAGUGAUCGCUCUCUCCAACAUCCUCCAUGCCUCCUGCAGCCUCCCGGAGGAGUAUCAGAACCGCACAGAGGGCCUCAUGGGCUUCUGGAACGGCAACCCAGAUGAUGACUUCAGGAUGCCCAAUGGCUCCACCCUUCCCCCAGGGAGCUCCGAGGAGAUGCUUUUUCACUAUGGAAUGGCCUGGGAAGUCAACGGAACAAGCCUUUUUGGCAAGAGGGACGACCAUUUGCCUUCCAACUUCACCCCUGUCUUCUUUUCACAACUGUCGGGAAACAAAUCUUUGAAUGAAAAUUUGACCUCCAAGUGUAAUGGAGAUAAACAAUGCAUCUACGAUGCCCUGGCCACAGGAAACAAAAGCCUUGGACUGUACACUGGGAUGCUCUUUAGAAAAUACCAGCAGAUGAACACCACCCUGAAUCAGUACCCCCCCUCUAUUGAGGGUCCUGAUGUGAUGGAAGCUUACAUGGGACAGGCCAAGCUGGUUAAUUACACCAGCAGCACUAAGGACGUCACAUUCACUCUCAGAAACAACUGCACUGACUUCAAGCUCUUUGAGAAUGGGGCAUUGCUAUGGACACCAAAGUUGCUGGAACCAUUUACUCUGGAGAUUCUAGCAAGAAGUGCCAAGGACAACUUGUCAUCUGUACUCAAGCCAAGGACGGUGGUCUGUGCGUGCAAGGCAGAGAGCCAGUGUUUAUAUAACCAGACCAGCUGGGUGGGUGAUUCCUCCCUGGAGGUGGCCGACUGCAGGUGUGACGGGAACACCUUAGGCCGCUACUGCAACCGCUCCAAGGACCCCUGUGACGAGCAGUGCUUCCCGAAUGUGAAGUGCAUUUCCGGGAAGGGCUGCGAGGCCUGCCCACCGAACCUGACUGGGGAUGGACGUCACUGUGCACCUCUGGAGAACCCUUUCCUCUGUCAGAACAAGUCCUGCCCUGAGAAUUACUGCUACAACAACGGCCACUGCUACAUCUCCCAGGCUCUGGCCUGCCAGCCCGCCUGCACCUGCCCCCCAGCCUUCACCGACAGCCGCUGCUUCCUGGCUGGGAACAAUUUCCCUCCAACCGUCCGUCUAGAGCUUCCCUUAAGGAUCAUCCAUCUCUCGCUCAUUGAAGACGAAGGUGCCUCCCAAGCAGAUGUCAAUGCCUCGGUGGCCUAUAGACUGAGGAACCUGGAUGUGCGGGCCUUUCUCUGGAACAGACAAGUGGAUCGAAUUGAACCCCCAACAGCACUGGCCUCAGGAAGCUCCCUUCACUGCUGGAACAUCAUCUCGGAGUUCCAGUACCGCCCUGGGGGCCCUGUCAUCAACUUCCUGAAUACCCAGCUGCUAGACGCAGUGGUGGAGGCGUUCUUAACUCCAUGGAGGAGGUGGAAGAGAAGUGCGGGGCCCAGGAACAACGUGACCUUCCACCCCAUCCGCAGGAGGGACGUGUACAGUAUGACGGCUCUGAAUGUGAGCACGCUGGAAACUUACUUCCAAUGCAGCGGAUACAAGGGCUACCACCUGGUCUUCCACCCCCAGAGCGGCUUCACCUGCGUGUCCCCAUGCAGUGAGGGCUACUGUGAGCACGGAGGCCAGUGCCAGCACCUGCCCGAUGGGCCCCGCUGCAGCUGUGAGCCCUUCUCCAUCUACACGCCCUGGGGCGAGCGCUGUGAGCACCUGAGUUUGAAACUCGGCGCCUUCUUCGGGAUCCUUUUCGGGGCCCUGGGCGCCCUCCUGCUGCUGGGGGUCGUGUUGUUCGUGCUCCUGCGCUUCUGGGGCUGGUCCGGGACCCGUUUCUCCUACCCGCUGGGCUCCAAAGCUGAGGCCUUGCCCCGAACGGGCUGCUGUGGCCUAUGAUACCUCAGGAGCCACCCCAGCCUCACCUGCACACACUCCCAGGCGCCGUGGUUUAGGGAGACUGGAAGAAGUAAGGUGACUGAUGAGGAUUCAGGAUUCUUUAAGAAGAAUGAAUAAUGGGAAUGAAUAAUAAAGACCACACCUUGUCAGUACGGAAGACGCAGAGGCUGACAGGAAGAGGCCAUAAAGGCCUACUAUAUAAAUAGAUGGAUUCUCACAGAGGCAUACCCACACAGAGGACAGUGACCUACAGGAACACUACGUGCGCACACCAGAGUUGAUGGGGUGAUGGCUCUAAAUUAAAAACCAAAAUACAUUUGCACACAAAAGUCUCCAGUUUACUUCUAAUUAAAGUCUAUUUAAAUAAAA